UUAAAACUUUAUUUGAUAUAGUUUCAUGUCAAGUGGCUUCAGUACUGCUAUCUUGGAAGACUACUAUGUAUGUUAUUGUUAGCGUGUUGUUUUGUAGAAUCCUUUCUCUUUUUCCAUUAAUCGAUUCACAAUUUUAAUCCUCUAAAACAUUGGAAAAAUCUUACGAAGAAAUUGAAGGAUGGGACACAUUGUAAACAAUAAUGGAGAUGGAAGAUGGUCUCUUCAUGGUAUGGCUGCCCUUGUUACUGGAGGUAGUAGGGGCAUUGGGUAUGCCACAGUCGAAGAAUUAGCGAGUUUCGGUGCAGUGAUCUAUACAUGUUCUCGCAAUAAAAAGGACUUGGAUGAAUGUUUGGAGAAAUGGCAAAAUAAAGGGUGUAAAGUAAAUGGUUCCACAUGUGACUUGUUCUCGAAAGAUCAGAAAAACCAGUUGACUGAAAAAGCCACUGCACACUUCAAUGGGAAACUUGACAUCCUCGUAAAUAAUGCUGCUGUAUGUGUACCAAAAGAGACCACAAAAAUUACUUCUGCAGAUUGCUCACUAAUGAUGGGAACCAAUUUUGAGCUUGUGUCAAUUAGCAUAUCCUUUUUUGAAAUCUUCAGGAAAGGCAAGCAUUGUGUUCAUCUCUUCUAUCUCUGGGAUCAUGGCUAUUCCUCUUGUUUCUCUCUAUCCAGCAACGAAAGGUAUACAGUUGAGAAGAUGAACAUAUGUGGAAUGGAGCUAAAAAGAGAGCAAAUUGAUGCAAAAAGGUUGCAGUUGGAGACAUGAAGCUAUCAACCCCAGUCACCGCGAUCGCAAUCAUUAGGCCGGGGUUGUGGUUAGUCAAGACAGUCAGCAUAAUGCGGUCGCAAAACACAACCGUGGUUGCGUUAAUGUGGUCGCGGUUAAAGCUGCGUGAUCACGGAUCAACAAAAAUAGGCCCUAUGCAGAUUUGUAAAAUUACAAAGACGAAUUUCAAACCAUAUAUAGGUAAAAACCCUUUCUUCUUGAGGUAUUGCUUACCUCAAAAGAUAUCUUUGAAUUCAAAGCUUGAAACCCUAAUUGGAAAAGUAUGUAACUAACUUUGGAGGCUAAAUUUCUUAGGAUCUUU